GCGCUGCGCUGCCGACUCAACUUGGGGCUUUUCGGCUGCUAGUCGCCACCACCCGCGGUCCCUGCUUGCCCCCGGCCCCGGGCACUGCCGCCGUGCGCCUUCUCCUCGCCCUGCCCUAUCGGCUGGAUUGUGUCUGAGCGGAAAGCAGCCCUUCUUCUCCGAGAGGAUCGUCCCUAGCGUGGCUUUGCAUUCCCGGUCACUUUUUGAGGUUUUCCCGGGAGCGCUUGGCAGCUUCUCGGAUUCCUGCGGGACCGUUCGCCGAGCGUGGGGUCCCCGUGUGGCGGGCAAGCCGAGAAAGCUUCCAGGCUUAGCGGAGCCUCGCUCGGAAGCAAGAACUUAUUCAACAAGUUUACCGCCCUGCUUUUCUCUUUUCGAUGUGCGUUUUCGGACAUGCGGAGGUUACUGGAACCGUGUUGGUGGAUUUUGUUCCUGAAAAUCACCAGUUCUGUGCUCCAUUAUGUGGUGUGCUUCCCGGCGUUGACUGAAGGCUACGUGGGGGCCCUGCAGGAGAGUGGACAAGGCAGCUCGGUGCAGAUCCGCAGGCGGAAAGCGUCGGGAGACGCCUAUUGGGCCUACUCAGGUGCCUAUGGUCCUGAGCACUGGGUCACAUCUAGUGCCAGCUGCGGGGGCAGCCAUCAGUCUCCUAUAGACAUUUUAGACCACCAUGCACGUGUUGGUGAAGAGUACCAGGACCUUCAACUUGAUGGAUUUGACAACGAGUCCUCCAACAAAACCUGGAUGAAAAACACAGGGAAAACAGUUGCCAUCCUCCUGAAAGACGAUUAUUUUGUGAGUGGUGCUGGACUGCCGGGCAGAUUCAAAGCCGAGAAAGUGGAGUUUCACUGGGGCCACAGCAAUGGCUCAGCUGGCUCAGAGCACAGCGUCAAUGGCCGGAGGUUUCCCGUGGAGAUGCAGAUUUUCUUUUACAAUCCAGAUGACUUUGACAGCUUUCAAACGGCAAUUUCCGAGAACAGAAUAAUUGGAGCCAUGGCCGUAUUUUUUCAAGUCAGUCCAAGGGACAAUUCUGCACUGGAUCCCAUCAUCCACGGGCUGAAGGGCGUCGUCCAUCAUGAGAAAGAGACUUUCCUGGAUCCUUUUGUCCUCCGAGACCUCCUGCCUGCGUCCCUGGGGAGCUACUACCGGUACACAGGCUCCUUGACGACCCCUCCAUGUAGUGAAAUUGUGGAGUGGAUUGUCUUCCGGAGGCCAGUUCCCAUCUCCUACCACCAGCUCGAGGCUUUUUACUCCAUCUUCACCACAGAGCAGCAAGACCACGUGAAGUCAGUGGAGUAUCUGAGAAACAACUUCCGGCCACAGCAGGCUCUGAAUGACAGAGUGGUGUCAAAGUCUGCUGUCCGAGAUGCCUGGAACCAUGACCUAGCUGACUUCUUGGACAACCCACUAGGGACAGAAGCCUCUAAAGUCUGCAGCUCUCCGCCCAUCCACAUGAAGGUGCAGCCCCUGAACCAGACUGCACUUCAGGUCUCCUGGAGCCAACCAGAAACUAUCUACCACCCGCCCAUCAUGAACUACAUGAUCUCCUAUAGCUGGACCAAGAAUGAGGACGAGAAGGAGAAGACGUUCACUAAGGACAGUGACAAGGACUUGAAAGCAAUCAUUAGCCACGUCUCACCUGAUAGCCUUUACCUGUUCCGCGUGCAGGCUGUGUGCCGGAACGACAUGCGCAGUGACUUCAGCCAGACCAUGCUCUUCCAAGCUAAUACUACCCGAAUAUUCCAAGGGACCAGGAUUGUGAAAACAGGAGUGCCUACGGCCUCUCCUGCCUCUUCAGCAGACAUGGCCCCCAUCAGCUCCGGCUCUUCUACUUGGACAUCCUCCGGCAUCCCCUUCUCAUUUGUCUCCAUGGCGACUGGGAUGGGUCCUUCUUCCAGUGGUAGUCAAGCUACUGUGGCCUCUGUGGUUACCAGCACACUGUUGGCAGGCCUGGGCUUCGGUGGUGGUGGCAUCUCCUCCUUCCCCAGUACUGUGUGGCCCACGCGCCUUCCUACUGCAGCGGCAGCCAGCAAGCAGGCCGGCAGGCCGGUCCUUGCCACUACGGAGGCCUUGGCUUCCUCUGGGCCAGAUGGUGACUCUGCACCUACCAAGGACGGCGAGGGUGCAGAGGAAGGGGAGAAGGAGGAGAAAAGUGAGAGUGAGGAUGGUGAACGGGAACAUGAGGAGGAGGAGAAGGACUCUGAGAAGAAAGAGAAGAGCGAGGGGACCGGGGCAGCCGCAGAGAGGAAUCGGACUGCACCUGCCCCCACCCCCUCUUCCCCCCACAGGACUGCAGAGGAGGGAGGACAUCAGACUAUACCUGGGCGCAGGCAGGACCACUCUGCCCCUGCGACAGACCAGCCGGGCCAUGUUGGCCCAGGCUUGGAUCCCAGUGAGGAUGCAUCCACCCAAGUGCCCCCAACAGCCACAGAGGAACACUAUUCAGGGAGUGAUCCCAGGAGGCCCGAAAUGCCAUCUAAAAAGCCUAUGUCCCGAGGGGACCGAUUUUCCGAGGAUAGCAAAUUCAUCACUGUUAACCCAGCGGAGAAGAACACCUCUGGAAUGACCAGCCGCGCCUCUCCUGGGAGGAUGGAGUGGAUCAUCCCCUUGAUUGUGGUCUCAGCCUUGACCUUCGUGUGCCUCGUCCUUCUCAUUGCCGUGUUAGUGUACUGGAGGAAAUGUUUCCAGACUGCACAUUUCUAUGUGGAGGACAGCAGCUCACCUCGGGUGGUCCCCAACGAGAGCAUCCCUAUUAUUCCCAUCCCAGAUGACAUGGAAGCCAUCCCUGUCAAACAGUUUGGUAAACACAUCGGUGAACUGUAUUCUAAUGACCAGCACGGGUUCUCUGAAGAUUUUGAGGAAGUCCAGCGCUGUACAGCUGAUAUGAGCAUCACGGCAGAACAUUCCAAUCAUCCAGAUAACAAGCACAAAAACAGAUACAUCAACAUUUUAGCAUAUGAUCACAGUAGGGUGAAGUUAAGACCUUUACCAGGAAAAGACUCUAAGCACAGCGACUACAUUAACGCAAACUAUGUCGAUGGGUACAACAAAGCAAAAGCCUACAUCGCCACCCAGGGACCUUUGAAGUCGACAUUUGAGGAUUUCUGGAGGAUGAUUUGGGAACAGAAUACAGGAAUCAUCGUCAUGAUUACAAACCUUGUGGAGAAGGGAAGGAGAAAAUGUGAUCAGUACUGGCCAAUGGAGAACAGUGAGGAGUAUGGAAACAUCAUUGUCACCCUGAAGAGCACAAAAGUACACGCCUGCUACACUGUCCGUCGUUUUUCGGUCAGAAAUACGAAAGUGAAAAAGGGCCAGAAGGGCAACCCCAAGGGUCGCCAGAAUGAGAGGACGGUGAUCCAGUAUCACUACACGCAGUGGCCUGACAUGGGAGUUCCUGAGUACGCCCUCCCUGUGCUGACGUUUGUGAGAAGAUCCUCAGCAGCCCGGACACCGGACAUGGGUCCCGUGUUGGUUCACUGCAGUGCUGGUGUGGGCAGGACAGGCACCUACAUUGUAAUAGACAGCAUGCUGCAACAGAUCAAAGACAAAAGCACAGUUAAUGUCCUGGGGUUCCUGAAGCAUAUCAGAACACAGCGUAACUACCUCGUCCAGACUGAGGAGCAGUACAUUUUCAUCCACGAUGCCUUGUUGGAAGCCAUUCUCGGGAAGGAGACGGAAGUGUCGUCAAGCCAGCUGCAUAGCUAUGUUAACAGUAUCCUCAUACCAGGAGUGGGAGGAAAGACCCGGCUGGAAAAGCAGUUCAAGCUGAUCACACAGUGCAACGCAAAAUACGUGGAGUGCUUCAGUGCCCAGAAAGAGUGUAACAAAGAGAAGAACAGGAACUCGUCCGUCGUGCCAGCUGAGCGUGCUCGAGUGGGACUCGCGCCAUUGCCCGGAAUGAAAGGAACAGAUUACAUUAAUGCUUCUUACAUCAUGGGCUAUUACAGAAGCAAUGAGUUCAUCAUCACCCAGCACCCUCUGCCACACACUACGAAAGACUUCUGGAGAAUGAUUUGGGAUCAUAAUGCACAGAUCAUUGUCAUGCUGCCAGACAACCAGAGCCUGGCAGAAGAUGAGUUUGUGUACUGGCCAAGUCGAGAAGAAUCCAUGAACUGUGAGGCUUUCACUGUCACUCUUAUCAGCAAAGACAGGCUGUGUCUCUCCAAUGAAGAACAGAUUAUCAUCCACGACUUUAUCCUUGAAGCUACACAGGAUGACUAUGUACUAGAAGUUCGGCACUUUCAGUGUCCCAAAUGGCCUAACCCAGACGCCCCCAUAAGCAGUACCUUUGAGCUGAUCAACGUCAUCAAGGAAGAGGCCUUAACACGGGAUGGCCCCACUAUUGUUCAUGACGAGUAUGGAGCAGUUUCUGCAGGAAUGCUAUGUGCCCUUACCACCUUGUCCCAGCAGCUAGAGAAUGAAAAUGCUGUGGAUGUCUUCCAGGUGGCAAAAAUGAUCAAUCUGAUGAGACCCGGAGUAUUCACAGACAUUGAACAAUACCAGUUCAUCUACAAAGCAAUGCUCAGCUUGGUCAGCACUAAAGAAAAUGGAAAUGGUCCCAUGACAGGGGACAAAAAUGGUGCUGUGCUAACUGCAGAGGAGUCAGACCCUGCCGAGAGCAUGGAGUCUCUGGUGUGACUGGACCCCUGAAAGGGCACUUAACUUUGUAAACUUCUGAGACUUGUAAAGACAGAACUUUUUUGAGGCCUUUUUUGCCAGACUCUAGGUUAUACAAUAACCCAGUUACUUUUUUACACUGAUAAAAGUUUUGAUAUUUAUUUUUUGCCAUUUUAUGUCUUAAUGGUAUCCUACUGAGCAUUUGCACCUGUUCAUUUCACACAGUGAAAAGCAACUUUACCUAGUUUGCACUAUAUGAUCAGUGUUACUGCCUGUAAUCAAAUACUACAGCAAACCCUGAUGUGACAUUCCAUGACCACAUACAUGCUACUUUUCAGUUCCGUGCAGUGAAGGUCUUUGUUAUGACAGUGAAUCUCAGUUUUAUCAUUAUUCUAAAGGAAUUGCAUUUUCCUAGCAGGCAACACUGUACUUUUCUCAGCACCCCCCCCCCUCUAUUUUUUAGGCACUGUUCAAUACUACAUGCCUUCUGUUUUAGUGGAGUGGAUGGGCGCAUUUCCUUUUGCAGGGCAGCAGGUUCCUGGGAGCCCCGAAGAAGGUCUGUUAAUGUCAGUUCCAUUUGUGAUGGUUGAGGAAGCCACUAAGAAGUUAAGAGGGCUUAAGAGUUGCGUCAUGUGAACAUUUCUUAUUAGUUACCAAGUUAUAUUCACAGUUGAAAUGUGUCAAAAUAAAGAAUCAUUCUGUAUUACAGAUUUCACAGUAGCCACGUGGGCAGUGUGUGUUAUUUCCAUUUUGAGUCUCUGAAGUAGCUACACCCUAAAAAUCAGGGCUGUCUUUUACUAUGGAAAGAUGGCACUAUUUUACACAAUUUACUGAUGACACCCUUUAGUUAAUCCCCACUACAGCUUUUUCGUGAAUAGUACCAUACCUCACAGUAGCUACAAGAACAGGAAAAGAUAGGUAUUUAAGUGUAAGUGUAGUCUUUGAAAAGUCCCUACUGACUACUCCUAUAGCAAUCUAAUAAAACUACCUAGAGACAGCAUCCUUUUCUUCUUCUUCUUCUUCUU